CUUCAACAAAUUGCUCUUGCAAAAAGAAGAACUGGAGCAGAAGCAGCUGCAUCUGCUGCAGGUUGUGGAGAGCGAAAGGACCUCACGCUGGCAGUACGCGCAACAGUGCGAAGAACUCACAAGCGAAGUCAAGAAACUCCGGACUGAGCUAUGCACAUUCAAAAAAGAGCACGAGCCGUCGUCCCGUGCCGCGUCCACAUCCAGCUCGUCACCAACACCUUCUCCCGACAUCGACCCUGCUGAGCUCAAGAAGAUAAAGAAAGUUCAGAGCUUCUUUCGAGGUUGGUUGUGCAGACGGCGAUGGAAGCAAAUUGUGGAGCAGUACAUCAAAAGUCCACACGCUGAAAGCAUGAGGAAGAGAAACAGUCUUGUUUUCAAAAUGGUAGAAGCCGAAGAGGAGUAUCUUGAACAAAUGGAAAUCAUGGUGACCUGUUUUCUCCGACCUUUCAAAAUGGCAGCGAGCUCGAAGAAGCCUCCGUGUACCCACGAAGAUGUGAACUCCAUUUUCCUGAACAGCGAGACUGUACUGUUCCUCCACCAGAUCUUCUUCAAAGGCCUCACGUCACGUAUGGAGUCCUGGCCGACACUUGUGCUAGGAGACUUAUUCGACAUGCUUCUGCCGAUGCUGACAAUAUACCAAGAAUACGUGAGGAACCACCACUACUCUUUACAAGUCCUCACUGAAUGUAAGCAGAGUCAGCCUUUCGCCCAACUCUUGGCCAGGCUGGAAUCCAAACCAGCAUGUCAGGGAAGAUCACUGGAAACUUUCCUUACGUAUCCUAUGCAUCAGAUACCUCGCUACAUCAUAACUUUACAUGAGCUACUUGCACAUACUCCGCAUGAUCAUGUCGAACGCCGAAGUCUGCAGCACGCUAGAGCCCAACUCGAGGAACUCUCCCGGCAAAUGCACGAUGAGGUCAGCGAAACCGAAAAUUUGAGGAAAAAUUUGGCCGUGGAAAGAAUGAUAAUCGAAGGUUGUGAUAUUCUCCUGGAUGUCAACCAAGUCUUUAUUCGACAAGGAACGUUAUCUCAAGUCGUGGGCAAAGGUCGAAGAGCGACACCUCAAGCUCGACAGGCAUUCCUGUUCAGCAAUCAUCUGCUGUUAACGACCAGAGCUGCUGGAGGACGACUCCACUUACCACCGAAUGGUAGACUGCCUCUGCACGACGCCUUGCUGAUUGAGGAUCCUUCAAACCAUGACGAUGAUGAUUCCACUUCAGUAUGUUCUUCGCCAGGUGGAGAUCUUUAUCAAGGAAAGGACUUCAAGAUUCUUGUUGAAGUUAAGGGAGAACAGAUCUGCGCUCAUCUAGUGGCAGCAACUAUAGAAGAAAAAGCAGCUUGGACAAGCGAGCUAGCUCAAUGUAUGGAAAAUGCAGCUCUAACGGAAUUACUUCGAGCGUGUGGCUCGUGCGGGGCUGCCUCGGCCAGUCUUCCAGCUUGUCGCUCUGACAGGGCAUUGUUCACUGACGACGUGGACAUCAGGUUCAGCAGGACGCUAAAUUCGUGCAAAGUUCCUCAGAUAAGAUCAGCGACCCCACAACGGCUAUUGCAAAGGCUUACUGAUCUCCGUUUCCUAUCUGUGGAUUUCUUAAACACAUUUCUGCUGACUUACCGUGUAUUCACCGACGGAGUGACAGUACUGGAGGCUCUAAAGCAGGUGUUCUAUGAGCAGUCACAGCAGGAGCUGGAGUUGGCUCCUCCACCUGAUGCUACGAGGAAGACUAGUGCAGCUAGUUCAGUUUCUGGAUAUGGCUCAGAAUACAGCGAUAGAGAUUGGUCAUCGAGAUUUUGGCGGAUGUCCCGCAAAAGUGAGGAAGACGAUAAGUUAUCUCCUUAUUUGAUGGCACCAUCUCGCCGCACGUCAUCUGUGAGCAAGGGCUUACGGAAGGUGGACGAGGACAACAGUCACCUCACGAUUCCUAAAAUAAUGGCUACGUCGUCUAGCAAUGAAACGCUCAAAGGUACUUCACCAUCAUCUCCUGGGGCUAUAAGCUCGGUAACUUUAGUCGGAAGUCCAAAGAAAGUAAGUCCAGACGACACGAAAGAAGUUUUAAAGUCCGAUCGUAAGUCACCAACCAAAGCAGAACACAAAUCUCCAACAAAAGAUAAUGACGCUGCAGCCGCAGCUAUCACGAAAGACGAGAGUAUUGAGCUAGUGGACCAAAGUGACGAGGACGUUAAGUAUAAAGAAGAGGAACAGGAGAAAAACACGUUCAAAGUCGAUGACAAGUUUAAAUUGUCGCAGAAAUUUUCAGAGCGUGUACGCACAAUGUCGGAGAGUCCUCGUCGCCUGCAGCCAUCGGCAGCGACGGCAGCUCAAGAAGCCCGACGACGAUCCGACAGCGCUCGUGGCCCCAAGGCAGAGGUUGGUGACGAACCUAGACGAGCCUCCGACUCUGGACGGUAUGCUCCUCGAAGGUCUGUCAGUGAAAGACGUUGCACCAGCUCUUCAAUAUCCAGUGAACGGCGUCGCUAUUGGGGUGGAUCAGAACCGAGAUCUUCGGUCACCUCUCAAGUUUCACAGGUACAAACCUAUCGUCGUGACACCAGCCAACCCAAAGCAGGAGUGGUAAUCACCUCAUUCAGGCAAUCACACCGGAGCUUUGGAAAAGACCUGUUGUGGAGCAGUACGUCAACCGCGGCUGUGGCCUUUGCCGUGGCCACUUCGGCAUCAUCUAACCCGAGGUCUCCACCACUGUCUUCUCCACCUGCUACUCGACGAGAUUCGGUCAUUUCUACAGCAGCUACCAUGCGUGUGCUUAACGUUUUGAGACAUUGGAUCUCGAAGCAUUCCUCGGACUUCUGGUCGGAUGACCGUCUUCGCGGUCUUACAAUGGACUUCCUCAAGGAAAUAGAGAACAGCCCGGGGUUGCUCCCGGCCGAGCACAAGGCAGCUGCGCAACUGCUGCGUCUCUUGGAACGAUCACCGGACAGGACCGUCGACUUGAAGGCGCUGUUUAUUCCACCACCC